AUGCAGUCCUACUUGCAGUAUCGUCGCUUGGGAAAUGCGGUCCGCAAACAACUGGCGGAUUUCCCGCUCCAGCAGCAGCAUCGACAAGACUAUGGCGUGAACACGAACGAUCACAAAACGUCGAUUCCAGCGGGCGAUUCAGAAACUAGUACCGUGGCUGAAAAUGCCGAUUCGUCGGAUCAAAUCGAUCAGGACCUCCCAGUACUGCAAGACGCUUUCGCCAAGAGUCACACUCGCAAUUCUGAGAAGACUGCCAUCGCAUAUUCGCUUCCAGGCAUCGAAGUCCGCUCUCAUGUCGACGACUCAUCGGAUCGACCUAGCCGCGUCUUUGUUGUCGGUUGGGAUGGCAUAAAUGACCCCCAAUGUCCACGCAACUACAGUGUCGCUCGCCGUCUAACCGCAACUCUAAUCGUGUCCGCCCUCGGCUUUAUCGUUGGCGCAGCAUCUUCAAUCAAUUCAGGUGUUCUACCGCAAAACGAGGCCGCGUUUGGUGUUAGCGAUGUCGUAGGCUCGCUAGUAGAUGGUCUCUAUCUUCUCGGCUUCGCCUUCGGCUCCCUCUUCAGUGGUCCUUUGUCCGAGAUUGUAGGCCGCAAUCUCGUCUACAUGUGCUCACUUACCCUCUUCAUGAUCUUCAUCAUGGCAUCCGCUCUCGCGCCCAACAUCGGCGCCCAGCUCGCUUUCCGCUUCUUGGCUGGUAUCUUCGGUUGUCCGCCACUUACCUGUGCGGGAGGCACGAUCGCUGAUCUAUGGAAUCCACUUGAGAAAACCAUCUACUUUCCCAUGUACGCCAUCCUUUCCUUCGGCGGCCCAGUUCUCGGCCCCGUACUAGCAAACUAUGUCGGGCAAAUAGAUGUGCUCUCAUGGCGCUGGAGCAGCUGGAUUAUCCUUAUCGGCUCCGGCCUUGUGAUGGUUUUGAUUAUCCUAUUCCAACCCGAGACAUAUGCCCCGCUACUCCUGCACUGGAAGAGUAAACAGCUACGCAAGAUUACAGGGGAUCAACGAUUCCGCUCCGAGAUGGAUCUGGAGAAAGUCGCCCUGUUCACCCGGAUCGGCGGGGCGAUGAAGCGACAAUUCCUGAUCACGAUUCAUGAGCCGAUUAUCCUGCUUAUCUCGCUCUACAUGACUGUUCUGUAUAUCGUGCUCUUUACCUUCUUCGAUGGAUAUACCUAUAUCUUCACAGAUACAUAUGGUAUCUCAGAGGGCCUGACCAAUAUUAUUUGGGCAGCGAUGUAUGUCGGUAUCCUCCUCUCCACAAUCCUCGUUCCGAUCAUCUACUUCCAAACCGAAAAACAUUUCACAGCCGCCGCUCAAGCUAUUCAUGAAUCCGACCCGUCUAUCGAACCGCACGCGUUAGAUGGAGUACACACAGAACCCGAGAUCAGGCUUUGGUUCGCCAUGUUCGGUGCCCCUUUUAUUCCUAUCUCGUUAUUCUGGAUGGGAUGGACGGAUUAUUCUUCCGUGUCCAUAUGGUCGCCUAUCGUUGCGUCGGCGUGCUUCGGUCUUGGUACGAUCUGUGUGUUUAUCAGUUCGUAUAUGUAUGUCAUUGAUUCUUAUGAUAUCUAUGCGGCGUCGGCGCUGGGAUUCAUGACUGUUUCGCGUUAUUGUGCUGCUGGUGGGAUGACAGUCGUGGGGAUGCCCUUUUAUAAGAAUAUGGGCGUGCAUUGGACUUUGACGAUCCUGGGGUGUAUCAGUGCUGUUAUGGUGCCUGUGCCUUAUGUCUUCUAUAAAUUUGGACCGAUUAUUCGGAGAUGGAGCAAGUAUGCUAUUGCGAAUGAGGUUGAAGUUAAGGUGUGA